CGAAUUUUUAUUCUGAUGCCGAAGAGGAAUUGAGUUUAUUAUGAUUAAUUUUGAAAGAUUAUAAUAUAGUCUUUCACUCUCUUCUCAAGCGAACAAACAGAAGAGAUUCUGAACGUAAAACCGAACGAGUUUCCAUUGAAACCACCGCCACACACCACCUGUUUGAUAAAAUGCUUCAAAGAGAGAGCCACACAUCUUAACUCUCUCACACCAACCAACCUAUGUCUAAAUCUAAUCUCUUCCUUUUCUUCUGGACACGCACCCGCCGGAGUUUCAGCACCACCAUCACCAACAAAGCUCCACCCUUCGAUUUCACCAAAACUCCAAUCUCUCGUCUCCCCACCGUCAUCAUUCUCGGCCGACCUAACGUCGGAAAGUCCGCACUCUUCAACCGCCUCAUCCGCAGACGAGAAGCUCUCGUUUACAACACACCCGACGAUCACGUCACACGCGACAUCCGUGAAGGUAUCGCAAAGUUAGGUCACUUGCGUUUCAGGGUUUUGGACUCUGCUGGUUUAGAAGCUGAAGCUACUUCUGGUUCCAUUCUUCACAGAACCGCUUCGUUCACUGCUAAUGUAUUGGCAACUUCUCACUCUUUACUCUUCCUAACGGAUGGAAGAGCGGGACUUCAUCCUCUUGAUCAGGAAGUUGGAAAAUGGUUGCGGAGAAAUGCUCCUCAAGUUAAACCUAUUCUUGUUAUGAAUAAAUCUGAGUCAUUGUUUGAUGCUGAUGACUCUCUUGCUUCUGCUGCUAAUGAAAUGUCAAGGUUAGGGUUUGGGGAUCCUAUUGCUAUAUCUGCUGAGACUGGUUUGGGUAUGCAUGAUUUGUUUUUGUCUCUUAAGCCUGUCUUGGAGGAUUACAUGGUUGGUCUCUUGAAUGAUGAAAGUGCUAAAGAGAAUAGCUGCGAUGAUGAGGUUAGUUCCCCUGAGGCUGACGAAAGCAAACUGCCGUUGCAGUUAGCAAUUGUAGGACGCCCUAAUGUUGGUAAGUCAACCUUACUGAAUACUUUGUUGCAAGAAGACCGGGUUCUGGUGGGUCCCGAAGCUGGUUUGACUAGAGAUGCAAUCAGAACUCAGUUUGAAUUUCAAGGAAGAACAAUUUAUCUGGUUGAUACUGCCGGUUGGUUACAGAGGACAAAACUGGAGAAAGGAGCAUCAUCCUUGAGCAUUAUGCAAUCAAGAAAGAGUCUUCUCCGGGCUCAUAUAAUUGCUUUGGUACUAGAUGCAGACGAGAUAGUAAAUGCUAAACGAAGUAUGAAACAUGCUGAAGUAGUUAUAGCCAGACGAGCCGUGGAAGAGGGGCGUGGUCUGGUUGUGAUUGUGAACAAGAUGGACCUUCUAAGGGGCAAAGACAAAUCAUCAUCUUAUGAGCAGAUUAUGGAGGUUGUUCAAAAAGAAAUUCAGACAGUUAUACCUCAGGUUACCGGAAUCCCAGUAUUAUUCAUUUCAGCAUUAGAGGGAAGGGGCCGGACAACCGUCUUGCAUCAAGUGAUUGAUACAUACGAAAAAUGGUGUACACGAUUAUCUACAGCUCGUCUUAACCGUUGGUUGCAAAAGGUUAUGAGCAGGCAUUCUUGGAAAGACCAAGCAGCACAGCCUAAGAUCAAGUAUUUCACUCAGGUUAAGGCUCGACCACCUACAUUUGUUGCGUUUGUGCGUGGAAAGGCCCGACUUUCUGAUACAGACAUCAGGUUCUUAACGAAGUCUUUGAAAGAUGACUUCGAUUUGGGUGGAAUUCCUAUACGGAUCAUGCAACGUGCUAUCGCUAAGAAAGAUGGCAGUGGAACUAGCAAAAGUAUCCAUUCAGUAGGCAGAGUGGCGGAAAGGAUUAAGUCUGACAAGAGAGAAAGAGGCGACUUAGUUGAAUCAAAGGCAUGACCGUCACUCCAUUACGCAAAAAAUGCAAGAGGGAGCUUAUUUUCCAUAUUUUGGAAGCUCCAAACAAGUGUUUGACCGAAAGAAAAUACUCUGACUAUGCUUGCAGCAAGCAAAAUCACGAGCAAUCGGGCUCUUAGACGCCUGCUUUUAAUUUAUUUUUCAGGUUUUAUCUUUAGUGCAUAAACUUAACCUGGAAUUCUUGAACCACAUGUGAUAUGAUUUAAGCGCAAUUUCAAAUGUGCUGAACUUGUAUAUACAUAAUAUAUACAUAAUACUAGAA